GUGCAGGUCAGCGCAUAUCUGGCAUCGAUGUUGCUUCCACUGAGAUCGAUUCUCUUUAUCCCAGACAAAACAAUAUGAAGCCUAUGCAAAGUUCGGGUAUAUAUAACAUGGUCAACCGAAAGGACUCCCCUCAUCUGAUCCUCCACUCGCAAGUACUAGACAACCCCGCUCUUUAGUUGCUCGUCCUCUCCCAGUAGACCAUGUUGACACUCACCAACGUCACUUGGCUCGACAUACUAUGCAUUUCUUGUGCCGGAGUCUAUUUUGUAAUGCGGGUUUUCAACAAGAAGAAUCCUGCAUCAUAUCCGCCUGGUCCCCCGGGGUGGCCUCUCAUCGGGAACAUCCUGGACAUGCCUCACACCAAGCCCUGGCUCACAUUCGCUAUGUGGGGCAAGAAGUAUGGUAACAUCUCACAUAUCGAGAUUAUGGGUCAACACAUCGUGGUGCUGAACUCUGUCAAGGCUGCGAUGGACAUGCUGGACAAGAAGAGCACCCUGUACUCUGAUCGUCCUAUCUUUCCUGUUGGUGGCGAACUUGUUGGCUGGAAGCACAGCAUGGGUCUUCUCCCCGACGGUGACCGCUUUCGCCGGUACCGCAGGAACCUCCACCGCGUGAUUGGCACCCGCGCCGCAGUAGGCACAUAUAACCAGAUCGAAGAGGUUGAAACUCGCCGAUUCCUUAAGCGUGUGCUCACGAAACCCGGUCAACUACAGACACACGUCCGACACACCGCCGGUGCCAUCAUUCUGCACAUCUCUCAUGGUUAUGAAGUGACAGAGAACGAUGAUCCUUUCGUUGACCUUGCAGAUCGCGCUGUAGAUCAAUUCUCGCGUUCCACUGUUCCCGGUGCCUUUGUGGCUGAUUUUAUGCCAUUUUUGGUCAAUGUCCCCGAGUGGUUCCCUGGUGCUGGUUUCAAGCGCCUAGCCCGUGAAUGGCACGAGACCGUCGAAGAGAUGAUUUCUGCACCGCACAAGUUCGUCAAGGAUCAGAUGGCAGCUGGCAUUGCCCGGGAGUCUUUUACCUCGAAGCUGUUAGGAGACCACGAUCACGUUGCGAAAUGGUCUGCUGGAUCUCUAUACGCCGGCGGCGCCGACACGACUGUUUCUUCAAUCUACUCGCUCUUCCUGGCCAUGACACUUUUCAGUGAUGUACAGAAGAAGGUCCAGGCAGAAAUAGAUGCUGUUGUUGGUCCUGAUCGUCUUCCCUCCUUCGCCGACCGAGAUUCUCUUCCCUACACUGAGGCGCUUGCCAAAGAGGUACUACGUUGGAAUGUUGUCGCUCCUACCGGCGUCCCCCACCGUGUCACUGAGGACGACAUCCAUGACGGGUAUUUCAUCCCAAAAGGUUCUUUGAUAAUACCUAACAUUUGGUUCAUGCUCAAUAACCCGCAGACAUACGCUAAUCCCUCGCAAUUCAACCCUGAACGCUUUUUGUCUAUUGACGGAAAGAAGCCUGAGACGGACCCCCGGACAGUCUGCUUUGGCUUUGGAAGACGUAUCUGUCCAGGUCUCCACCUCGCUGAAGCCUCCGUCUGGAUAUCCACCGCGAUGUCACUGGCCGUAUUCGAUAUCUCCAAAGUCGUCGAGGACGGUGUUGAGAUUACCCCUGAGGUUGAUCCUUCAUCAGGCACGAUCAGCCAUCCGAAGCCCUUCAAGUGUUCUAUUAGGCCUCGCUCUGCGAGAGCCGUCGCGCUCAUUGAGCAGGAUGUUAACUACUAAGCGUUCGAAGACGAAACCCACACAUGAAGAUGAUUGGAGUGCCACAUCCCAUUAUCGUACAUGUACAUACAUUGCUUCAUCUUGUAAGAAUAAUUUACUACAGUGAUUCAACCUCCUUCCAAAUGAUCUCGAUCAGGCGCUAGUGCACCACUCUGGGAUAUUUGAUACUUUGUCUGUCUGUAAGCACGCUCACUUACUAGAGUUCCCAUAAUCUACAUAAAUACUGUCUACGAUACUGAAACACAAGCUUUCAGUAUCGCUGCCUUUUGCGUAACACUUCAGGGACGACAGUCUUAGCU